AGUCCACCACCAGACGGCACGCAGCAGGCAGCAUACCAUGCCGGCACGGGGCGCAGCUCUCUUACUGUUGGCCGCGGCGCUCGUCGCCGUGCGCGCUGCCUACCUGAAGGAGAAACCGGCUUUCCUGACGACAUGCUACCUCAAGGACCCGCAGUUCGAAGACUGUUCCGUGAAGCAGCUGCAAUCAAUCUUCGCACGGCUUGUUGACGGGUUCCCCGAGAUUGGCGCGUUACCGCUGGACCCCCUGGAUGUGACGCAGAUCGCGGUGCUGGCCGACGGUGAGGGACCGGUGGCGGUCAACUCGACGCUCACCGACAUGAAAAUCCGCGGACUCUCGCAGGCAAAGGCCGUCGAGCACAGGUUCAAUCCGAAGACGCUAAGCCUGGACAGCCGGCUUCAAAUCCCUCGGCUGAGAAUCGACGCCAAAUACAAGCUGUCCGGGCGCCUCCUGGUGCUGCCCAUCAACGGCAACGGCGACGUGCAUAUAGAGCCCGAGAACAUGGACGUGAGGGUUCACCACAAAAUGUCCUUCGUAGAGCGAGAAGGUCGUCGCUUCUUCCACGUCGACAGCUCGAAGGUCAACUUCACUGUCGGUGGUCUCAAGAUGGAGUUCACAAACCUUUACAAUGGCCAGAAGGCCCUGGAGGAGAGCACCAACAAAUACCUGAAUGACAACUGGGAGGUGGCAUUCGACUCGCUGAAGCCAGUGCUCACAGAAACUGUUGAAGACUUGCUGACAAGUAUUCUGGGUCGUUUGCUGGACAAGGUGCCAGUAGAGUACUUCGUUGGAGACAUUUCAGCUGUUUCAUCUUAAUACUCAAAUAGCGAGACAAGACCUGUAUCGCUUAAUCGGACCAACAACUACUAAAGGAAGACUUGCUUGUCAUGGGAAAUUAUAUCAAAAACAUGAGCAAAUUCGCACAAAAUUUGAAUAUUUCUAAAAGGAUUGAAGAAACGAGAAGUGUCUUAAUAAUUUGCACAAGAAAGUAUCUGUAUAGUGCAUUCUAUUCAACAUAAUUUCUCUACAUCUAUUAGACCCCCUUAAGUCUUUCUGUUAAUAUAACAGCAUAUAAAAUGAGACACGAUGCCACAAAGUAAGAAAGUAGACCAAUGUCACAGGAAAAUUUAUAGAGCCUUAAAAAAAUUAUAUACAGUCACAGCAAUAAUGACGCUAACAAUCUGAAGCCUGUCUUCCUACGAAAAACUUUGCCAUUAUUGUACUGUAGCAAGUGACUUAGCAACCUAGUUCCUGAAACGAAAUGGAAGCAAAUAGAAUCAUUGUUACAAUGACAUGUGGAUUAUAUAAUUUAUAAUGUGCUUCUUUUCUUUUCUAUAUUCUUUUGAGUGUGUUUUUUUAUUCUGUUACUGUUUUUAAACCUUUACAAAUGUGAAGUCUAGAUUAAAUUUCAUUAAAAAAAUAUUCAAUUCUUCUAUGACUUUGAGGUUGCAUUUCCUACACAGUGCCAAUAAAAUAACUUGGAUAUAACACUGUCUCAAAGCUUUUCAUUUAUGAGGUAGAAUAUCUGCAGAAUUUUUAGUUUGUGUAAGUUGUCCAUAUCAUAAUUCAACUCAGAUAAAGACUGUUUAGAAGACAGCUGACAAUUCCAUCAUUUUUUAACAAACAUUAUACAUAAGACACCCUUUAGUACAACAGGUGUUCAUCUACAGUGUGAUUGAAGUUUCUCAUAUUGAGAAAUUGAAAGGAGCAAUCUAUAUUUACUAGAAAAAAAAUUUUAAUAGCUGAGAUUGUUAAAUUAUUUUUCAUUAUUGAUGACCAGUUUUGACUAGUGGAACUGUCAUUUUUUGAUCUUCCAAACAUUUUUGGUUAUAAAUUGUAUUGCAUUAUACAUCUAUCACACAUGUCAUGUAGUCACAUUGUGUUGUCACUAUGGUGGAGAAAAUAAAGCAUAUUAUACAUAGUUUUGUCACAAGUAAAACCGUAUAUGGACGAAAAGUACCUUGUGCAAACGAGCAACCUCACAUGUAGCACUCCACUGAUGCUUGUUGGUUUUUCAAAUGCAAGAUGUAUACCAAAAAUUCACAUUUGUACAAAUUAUUACAUUUACAUGACAUGUUAUAUACAUCAUGGAUACUCCUCAGUCGAAGUAAUGGUGCAAAUGCAAAUUCUCCACAGUAAUGGCUACUUGGCAUAAGUGUUAAAUACAUGAUGGAAAAUGAAAUAUACCCAAAAAAUUUUUAAGAUCAGAAGAUGACAGUUUUACCUGCCAAAAUCGGUUCUCAAAAAUAAAAAUUAAUUGAUGCUAUCUCAGCUAAUAAAAGUUUUUCAUAGUUAGAUUUUUAAAAUUAUUUGUAGAAAUGUGUAUGUAUGCAAAAAGGUUUGCCUCGCUUCCAUGCACUAAGGGUAAAACAAUAAAGUUAUCAUCACAGAUUACAAAAUAAAGUACAGAUUACAUAAACAUUUUUUUCACUGUAAAUCACUUUAAGAUUCAAAACCUGUGAUAGGCUACUCAUAUAUAUGGCAUAUAAUUUUCAAAAAUUAAUACUUCAUAAUAUAUUUAUAUAUGUAGUAUUUAUAAUUUCAGCCGGCCGCGGUGGUCUAGCGGUUCUAGGCACUCAGUCCGGAACCGCGCGACUGCUACGGUCGCAGGUUCGAAUCCUGCCUCGGGCAUGGAUCUGUGUGAUGUCCUUAGGUUAGUUAGGUUUAAGUAGUUCUAAGUUCUAGGGGACUGAUGACCACAGAUGUUAAGUCCCAUAGUGCUCAGAGCCAUAUAUAAUUUCAAUUGUAAUAGUUUCAGAACAAUCCUAUCAAAUGUUUAUUCACAUAAUUCAGUGUGAAAUACCAUGAUAACAUCUGUUUUUAUAUUUGAGACCUGAUUCUUAGAUGGUUAAACACUUUGCAGCAUUUGUGUCAUUUGCUAUAGUCUAUUGCAUCCCCAUACUUUCUAGUUACUGUUUGUGCUGCCAAUAUUUUCAGUUAAUUUCAUUUCCAAAUUUGUACUGUAAUAAAGUUUUAAUUUU